CAGAAAGAUUGAACCUCCUUAAGGAAUGACUUACACCUGCCAUGGCAAGUGACCUUUGAGCAAAGGCUUCAAUCUUGUAGCUAGGGGCUAAUCCAACUUUUCCUAGGUUAAUGGGUAGACAAGCUAUCACAAGAGUACCUUAACCUAGUUGGUUGUAUAAGUAGCUUUGGUAGUUAAGUGCUGGAAUGGAUUGAGGGAUCUGGUUUACAGGACUAAAGCUGUAGGUCGAGUGCUUAGCCUCUGCCCGGACACAGUUACUGAAUGAAGCGGGAGCAGCUACUUCUGAAUACGCCGCUCCCCACGCCCAUCCGCCUUCCACUAAUCCCCGCUAGCCAGGGUUCCCACAGCUCAGUUCACGUGGGCUGCCCGCCGGCGCUCAUUGGCUAGCUCCGCGCGUCGCCGCGGUCGCCGCUGCCCUCGUCCUCCGCAGGACCCAGCCCGAUGCCGGCCAAUGAAGAGGCGGCUGAUGGCCCGCCACCUGUCCGCGGCGAGGGCGGGCGGCGGCUGGGAGGCGUCGCACUCCAUGGUAACGACGCCGGCCCGAAGAUGGCGGCCGCGGGGUCUGGAGGAGCAGGCGGACCGGGACCAGGGCCGCGAGGCCGCUGGGGCAGCUGCCUGUGGGUGCGAGGCGUCCUGCUCGUGCUGGGCGGGCUCCCGGCCGGCGCCGCUCCGGUCUCCCUGGGCACUUCGCCUCCGUGUCGGCAUCACGUCCUGUCGGACACUGAGGUCAUUAAUAAGGUCCAUCUUAAGACAAAUCAUGUCACAAAGAGAGAUGCUGAUGGACAUUUGCGAAUCAAGACCAUCUAUGAUCAGAGCAUUGAAGAGUUGCUCCCUGAGAAAAGAUAUCUUGUAAAGAACAAACUUUUCCCACAAGCUAUUUCUUAUUUAGAAAAAACAUUUCAGGUUCGAAGACCUGCCGGCAGGAUCUUACUUAGCAGACAAUGUGCAACAAACCAGUACCUGCGGAAAGAGAACGAUCCACACCGAUACUGUACUGGAGAGUGUGCAGUGCAUACCAAGUGUGGGCCUGUUAUAGUGCCCGAGGAGCAUCUCCAGCAAUGCCGGGUCUGCCGAGAGGGUAAGUGGCCGUGUGGAGCAGUGGGUAUGCUAGACCCAGAGGGCGUGAAGGAUGCAGACUUUGUUCUUUACGUCGGUGCUCUGGCCACUGAGAGGUGUAGCCAUGAGAACAUCAUCUCCUACGCAGCCUAUUGUCAGCAGGAGGCAAAAAUGGACAGGCCCAUAGCAGGAUAUGCUAACCUGUGUCCAAAUAUGAUCUCCACCCAGCCACAAGAGUUUAUCGGGAUGCUGUCCACAGUGAAGCAUGAGAUCAUUCAUGCCCUGGGCUUCUCGGCCGGGCUUUUUGCAUUCUACCAUGAUCAAGAUGGAAACCCCCUGACUUCAAGGUCUGCAGAUGGCCUCCCUCCUUUCAACUAUAGUCUUGGCUUGUAUCAGUGGAGUGAUAAAGUGGUUCGGAAAGUAGAGAGACUGUGGAAUGUUCGAGAUAAUAAGAUAGUUCGCCACACUGUGUAUCUCCUAGUAACACCGCGUGUUGUUGAAGAAGCUCGGAAGCAUUUUAACUGUCCGGUCCUAGAGGGGAUGGAGCUUGAAAACCAAGGUGGGAUGGGCACAGAGCUCAACCACUGGGAGAAGCGCUUGCUAGAGAAUGAAGCAAUGACUGGUUCUCACACCCAGAACAGAGUCCUGUCUCGGAUCACUCUGGCGUUAAUGGAGGACACUGGCUGGUACAAAGCAAAUUACAGCAUGGCAGAGAAGCUCGACUGGGGCCGAGGAAUGGGCUGUGAAUUUGUCAGGAAGAGCUGUAAAUUCUGGAUUGAUCAGCACAGGCAAAAGAUGCAGGUGCCGAGCCCAUACUGUGACACACUCAGGAGUAACCCACUGCAGUUGACUUGCAGACAGGACCAGAGAGCCGUUGCUGUGUGUAACCUGCAGAGAUUUCCUAACCCUUUACCACCCGAGUACCAGUACUUUGAUGAGCUCAGUGGGAUAUCUGCCAAGGAUCUGCCUUACUAUGGGGGGUCAGUAGAAAUCGCUGACUACUGCCCUUUCAGUCAGGAAUUCAGCUGGCAUUUAAGUGGCGAGUACCAGCGCAGCUCCGACUGUAGAAUCCUGGAAAACCAACCAGAGCUGUUUAAGAACUACGGGGCAGAGCAGUACGGGCCUCACUCAGUCUGUCUGCUUCAGAAGUCAGCGUUCGUCAUGGAGCGGUGCGAGAGGAAGCUCAGCUACCCAGACUGGGGGAGCGGCUGCUACCAGGUUUCUUGUUCUCCUCAAGGUCUAAAGGUUUGGGUUCAAGAUACUUCAUAUCUGUGUAGCCGGGCGGGGCAGGUGCUCCCAGUCCGAAUUCAGAUGAACGGAUGGAUUCACAAUGGAAACCUGCUGUGCCCCUCCUGCUGGGACUUCUGUGAGCAGUGUCCACCAGAAACAGACCCUCCAGCUGCCAACCUGACUCGAGCCCUUCCUCUGGAUCUCUGUUCCUGUUCUUCUAGCCUGGUGGUCACACUUUGGCUCCUCCUCGGCAAUCUGUUCCCUCUGCUGGCUGGAUUCCUUCUGUGUGUAUGGCACUAGGAGUGGAAAAGUGAAUUUUCGAAACGACAGUCUUGUCAUGUUCCCAUGAACAAAGCACAGACCCUAGGUGAGCGCCAGCCCGCAGGUGUGCCAUUCCCAACUCUGGCUUGUAAGUGCUGUCCACAGUAGGACUGUGAAGAGUGGGUGCUCUGUGGCAGUCACUCCUUACCACACACUGCCACCUGGAGUGUGGAGAGGAACUGCCCCAGGGCUCCGAAGGUCAUGGGCAUGCAAUCUCUUGCCAGUUCCCCUUUAAUGCCGAGUGGAUGCUGGGAUUUGCCGCAGUCACAUACCUCAGCUUUUGCACUCAUCAAACAUCCAUGAGCAUCAAGGUCACUCAGAGAGCAGCUGAUGGCCCAGUCCAGAGUUUGAGUUGAGGAUCCCAUCCUCUAAAGUACGAAACUGGUCAUCAGGAUUUCAGACUUUCUGCCACCGCUGCACCUGUUUUAAAUGAACAUCUGGAUACGAUACCUUCAAGUCAUCACUCCUGUUCUGCUAAAGCGUCUGACUUGGCUGUGUUUGCCUUUCCUGCCAGCUGCGUGGCAGCUCACCGAGCUGUUGUCAGUGUGUUGUUAGCCCUCUGCACCUCAUCAGCCGUUUCCAUGUGAGCUUAGUGUCCACUUGCUGUCCUCAUUAAUUUCAUCACAACUUGGAAAACUGUGGGAGAGUGCGAAGGUGCGAUCAGAGGGUUGAAGUCGUGCAAACAGAAGGCGGCACGAUUGGGCUUCAGGUAAUAUUUGCAAAACCGGGAGUCCAUCAAAACCCAGCUGAUCCUUUCUGGCCUAUGUAUAUUUUAAAGGUUUGGACAUGGACAGGCAUACAGUUACUUCCAAGAGAACUGGGCUGUUAGAGAAUUACUGCUAAAUCACAAAGUUAUUUCAUAGACAAGAAGAAAAAAUUCAAGUUAAGACAAGGUCAUCUGAAUUGCUUCCUAACAGCAAAGUAUAGACUUGGGGUCCGGCCCGCCCACCGCCCAUCUGGACUCCAUUCCAGCGCUAUAUUACCUCUGUUUACAUGUCUGUUUUUUCCUGUGUUCGACACUCCCUAAAGAUAACCUACUGCUGUAGUGUUAUAAACAGCCUUUGGACCAGCAAGAUGGCACCCAGCCCAAAGUCCUGAGUUUGAUAACUGGAGACCACAGGGAACAAGAAAGGGACUGACUCCUAAAAGUUGUCCCCUGACCUACAUACACACAGGCGCGCACACAUGCACACACACACACAUGCACACACGCACAAGUAAAUGUAAAACAGUUUUCAAAAUGAGACAUGACAUUUAGGCACACUGUUCUUCCCUCUGUUCCAUUCAGCAUAUAGUUAUUAUGUGUUCUAGUUAAAACGUUUACAAGUAAAGCGGGAACAUGGUGGCCCAUAAUCUCAAACCUUGGGGAGAAGCAGAAGGAUCAGGAGUUCAAGGUCAUCCUCAGCUAUAUGGGGAAAUUCUGUUAGAAUCCAGUAUUGGUUACAUGGAAGCCUCAGGAGUAGGCAGGAGAAAGGAGUAGGGUAAGGGGGCGGAACACCGUGGUAUAAGCACUGGCUCCAACCAGCUGUGGCACCGCAGCGGGCCGAGCCUCAGAGUGAAGGAAAGCUAGCCUACUUUCUAUUUAAAGGCAGAAAUUUGAAAUAUGGACGAGCAUGCAGUCUAAGUUGGAGGUAUUCAUUACCGUGCAAAGCUGAGGCUCCCAAGCUCAGCCAACUGCAGCGCAAAAGGUCAUCGUCUGUAGACAGUACACUGUGCUUUGCCAGUGUUCUGCAUUCUUUUAAGUCGUACAAAGUCAGAGGAAAGUGAGUGUGAUUUUAAAGAAACAAACAAUAUGCUAGGCAUGGUGGCACACGCCUUUAAUCCUAGUGCCUGGGAGACAGAGGAUAGUGGAUAUCUGAGUCUAAGACCAGCCUGGUCUACAAAACAAGUUCCAGACCAGUCACAUAGUGAGAGGGACCUAUCUAGAAAGAAAAAAGAAAUGCACAUUAAACUUCCAUACCUAUGAUGAUUAUGAAUUAUCCUAUAAAGUGUAUAAAGAAUUUCACCAAAAAUAACAGUGGAGUAUAUAUACUGAGAGUCUGUGAUAGGUUUGAUGACAUUUCGACUGUUGUGCAGUAAUGCCAUUUAGGUAGUAUUGUUUCCAAGCAUGGUGCUUUUUAUACUUGAGAUAUAUUUUUGCUUUAUUUUUUAAUUAAUAUUGUAUUUGCACUAAUGACUUUCUGGAGAAAAUGUUACAGAUGACAUUUUUUGUAUAUAUAUAUAUGUAUAUAUGUAUAUAUGUGUAUAUAUGUAUAUACAUAUAUGUACAUAUAUAUUUAUUUAUUAAGCUUGGAAUGUGGAGUCCCAGUGUUUGCUCUGCACAAACGUGAAACUUCAUGCAGCUGCUGUGUCAAGAGAUACUGAACUCCCGAGCGUUGCUAGCUAGGCUGUUUUGUCUUUUCCUCUUCAGUGAGCCCAGAGCGAGGUCACUGUCACUGAGCAUUAAUCCCACAUGUCGUACUUAGCAAGGCUUGGACGGUCACUCAGCCUGCAAGACAGUGUCAGAGGCUCAUUGUCGUCACUUAGAAUAUAGCAACCAAGACAUAGCUUCUUCAGUCGAGAUUCCAGUGCAGAAUCAGCUGUGAACGGAAGGAUUUGAAACAGCCUUCACGCUGGGGUCAGAUUAACCCUUUCACAUCACAAGGACAAACCCAGUGGCCCAUGGAAGGAACCAAGCAGGGUGCUCCAUGGUAGGAGUGAGGUGGGGCAGGAAAGAGAGGCCGGGGCAGCUGGUCAGGGGACAGUAAACUGGAGUCCCUUCCUGAAUCAGAAAAGCCAAGUGUUUAUAAAAACUGACUACCUCGGUGUUCAGUUCAAACACAUCAUUGUAAGUGUUUUAAGGCCCUAGGUGUCAAACAUAUCAAGUGAAUUGUCUCAGGUUUUUGCAGAAUUUACAGGAAGGAAGCAAAGCCAUGUGAGGAGCCUUGAGCAGGGUCAGGAGGGAGUGAGUGGGACAGCCUUUGGUAAUCUGUGUGUUGACUCCUCCGAUUCUCUCCUGCAGAACAUCCUUCCCGUAAUACUUACAUUUUUCCUAUAGGAUUCUUAUAUUUUUAAGACCAAAUGGGGAUUCUAAAAAUGUUAUAAAUUAUGCUUAGCAUUAGUUUUUAGCCUAAGUUGGCUUAGAGCUUAUUGAAAUUCAAAGAUAUAUCAUAAUUGUAUGGAUUGUAAAUAGUUUUAGGAAGAUACAUGAGUAUCAGAGUAUUUCAUGAAAUGUUAUCAGCAUUUUCUUCAAUAUUAGAUUUAUAGAUUCAGCCGGGCAUGGUGGUCAUGCCUAUAAUCCUAACACUUGGGAGAUGGAGGCAGUAGGGUUAUGAUUUAAGACCAGCCUGGGCUACAGGGAGACAGGCCCAAUCCCACCCUUCCCCACCAACAAAGAAAAACUUACCAUUUGUGGCCAUGUAUAAAGCAGCUAACUGGUUGGUCUGAGAUUUUACACUGCAAAGCCCUGCGACUAACGCUUGGCUAGGCCUAGGUCCCGGCCGGCCCUGCUCAGCCUCCCAGAGUCUCCAGCCUGCACACUGUGUUUCAUGCCUGGCCCAGCGGCCUACCUAGAAGCUGGAUGAACAGAGGAGAGCCAGUCUCUGAAGACAGCUGAGUUGUCCCAGCGUGAGAUGGACAUCCUCACAGCCUCACAGCUGGCUUCAUGGUGAGCACAAGUUCUCCCUGGCAUGGCCUUCAGCCCCCGGCCUGGGAGCACUAACUGACAUGCUGUGCUCAAUCUCAGCUGCUCAUUCUGAGGAGAGGCAUGAGCUGGAAAGGUUUUUUUCCUUUUUAAAUUAUGUUGGGACAUGGGAGGGAAUGCUUUUAUGUUUACAUUUCUAAUAAGUAAAAUAGAUUUUAAAAUUGUUCUUUGUUUGUGGUGGUAAACUUUAAAUGUAAUGUAUUCCUUAGAAAAUCACAACUUUAAUAAAAAAAAAUGGAAACCAA